CAAGCGGGCGCUGGCGCCACCGCUUGCCGACCAUACUCGUUGGCUACACGCUGUCCACCGCGUAACACAGGCAUGUUGGUCGCUCUACGCCGAGCCCUCCUCGCGGCCAUCCUGGCGGCGGUCGUCGCCGCGGAGGAGGUGCAGACCCUGACGGACGCAUCGUUCCAGUCCUCGGUGCAGGGCUCGCCCUCCCUCUGGCUGGUCAAGUUCUACGCGCCGUGGUGUGGCCAUUGCAAGAAGCUUGCGCCAGUCCUCGAAAAGUUUGCCGCCGACAUCAAGCCCACGGAGCUCGGCGAGGGUGUGCGGAUCGGCAAGGUGGACUGCACCGAGCACUCCUCGCUCUGCGACGGCCAAGGCGUCAAGGGCUACCCCACCGUCCUCCUCUUCCGCGACGGCGCCCGCUGGGAGAUGAAGGCGCCGCGUACAGCCGACGGGCUGCGCGAGACGAUCCGCAAGCUCAAGUCCGCGCCGGUGACGCAGCUGGGAGAGGGCGGACAGGCGGCGCUCGACAAGCUCCUCGAGCCCGAUGGCGCCGUCGUUUUUGCGCUCGCCGGGGCGGGUGCGGCGGACCCGCUGGCGGCCGAGUUUGAGGCUGCGGCGGCGGAGCUGCAGCUCGUCUCCACCUUCGCCGCCGCGGCCGGUCCCGACCUUCCCUCGCAGCUGGCGCCGCACCGGGGCUCGGUCGUCAAGCUGUCUCGCGGCGAGCCUUCCGCCGUCUUUGCGCCUCCGAGCGACGGGGCGCUGCCCGCCACGCUGCGCGCCUGGCUCGAGGCGGAGCGGUUCCCCGCCCUGUCCGUCGUCGAGCGGCACAACUUCUUCGGCAUGCUCUCCAAGGACAUCUCCCUCGCGCUGGCAGUGGUCGACCCGG